AUGCCUGAGCAGUCCGCUAUCUGCUACUGCGCCAACUGCCGCCGCGCAGGAGGAAGCAUCGGAUCAAUCGUAUACAUCCUCGACAGUCCCCAAGUCACAAUCAACGAUCCGAACAAGUAUCUCAAAGACUACCGGGACAACGACACGAAGAGCGGGAACCCUAUUACUCGCCAAUUCUGCAGCAACUGCGGGUGGUGA